CCUCCCCGCGGGAGUCUUUCUGGGAACGCCUCUCCUACCCAUCCCACCUUCGACCCAGUCGGCCGACUUUCGGUUGGCUGUCUGUCGUAGCCCCGCCCCCUGAGGAUUGCCAAUCACCGUGCGCAUGCGGCAGAAGAGGGUGGGUCCUAAGAAAUUCGAAAGGAGCCCCGCCCUCUGGGAGCCGGCUCCGGGGACUAGAUUAUGAGAAGAAAGCUUCUUAGUGGAAGGUCUGAGCUAACUCGCUCCUGCUGACUGGACAUGGAGGAUUUGGAGGAAGAAGUCAAGUUUAUUGUGGAUGAGACCCUGGACUUUGGAGGCUUGUCCCCAUCUGACAGUCGUGAGGAGGAAGAUGUAGCAGUAUCGGUGACUCCAGAGAAACCACUCCGACGGGGCCUCUUCCACCGAAGUGACCCAAAUGCAGUGGCCCCUGCACCCCAGGGUAUAAGGUUCAGCUUAGGGCCUCUCAGUCCAGAAAAGCUGGAGGAGAUCCUUGAUGAAGCCAACCGGCUGGCAGCUCAGUUGGAGCAGUGUGCCCUUCAGGAGCAGGAGAGCCCAGGCCAGGGCCCAGGGCCUCUCCGAGGGAAGCCCAGCCCUCGCCGCGAGACCUUUGUGCUGAAGGACAGCCCUGUUCGAGACCUACUACCCAAUGUCAGCUCUUUGGCUUGGAGUACACCCUCCCCAGGCAGCCUGACACCUCGGCUCCGGAGCAGUGACAAGAAAGGGUCAACCAGGGCUCUUAGAGUGACUCCUGGAAAGAGGCCUUCCAGUGUGAAGAGGGAAUCACCCACUUGUAAUCUGUUGCCUGCAUCCAAAAGCCCAGCAUCAUCUCCUCUUGCACGAUCAACUCCUCCGCUCCGGGGGAAAGCUGGGCCCAGUGCAAGGGCAACAGCAAGCCCACCUACCCCUGUCAGACAAGCCUUGGCCCCACAGCCUUCAACCAGCAACUCUCAACGCCAGUCCCGGCCACAGGGAACAACUGCUAAGUCUUCCAGUCGACUGCCCAUUCCCUCAGCUGUCCCCAGGCCCUCCAGCCGAAUGCCACUCACCAGCCGUUGUUUACCACCUGGCAAAGGUGCCCUACCUCCAGAUUCUGUGUCAACUCGGAAAGGGCUUCUAAGACCAAGCACUGCAGGGCACAGAGUUCCUGUUUCCCAGCGACCAAACCUUCCUGUCACUGGUGCCACUCGCAGCAAUCUGCAGCCUCCCAGGAAAGUUGCAGUCUCUGGACCUACCAGGUAAAGAAAUCAAGACGGCAAGCAAGAAUUCAGUAGCAAACCACUACAGUCACUGCCUGGAUCAUUUAUAAUAGCAGGCCCUGAUUCCAUCAGAUUCUGGCCCAGGGACAGGAGAAUGACGUGCCACUAGGGCUGAUACCCCCUGGAGUAAGAGACCAUAGGAGAUGGGGUAGAUUUGGGUUUUACUGGAGGAGACUCAAACUCUCUGGGCUGAAAGAAGAUGAGGAGAAAAGAGGUGACCUCCCAGCAGUAAAACUAGCAAAAAGAAAAUGAAGAAUGCAGGCAAGUGGCUUGUGCUCUCCACCCCCACUCUUGCGGUCAGCCCCAGAGAAUUUGAUAUUCUUCCCAGACCUCUGUUCACUGGAUGAGUCCAUGUGAAUGGCCUCCGUAGCCAGCCCCUGCUCUCUGAGGAGAGGUCUUCCUGAAUCAUAUCCUCCACUGGACUCAGGCCUGUUUGGAGAGGCGAGGCAGGCACUUGGUCUCCAGAGCUUGUUUCUUGUGAAUUCUGUGACUCCUCACAGGCCAGCUGAUGAUAAGCUUACUCUGUCUGUGUUUCUUUAAAAUAAAAUGAAUGUAUUUUUUUUUUAAUUUCCUGUAUAUCCAAAAGUAGAUACUGCUCCAAUUUCUAAUAAAUUUGGAGUAAACCUCUGUGUAACUCUGUGGAGAAAGCUGGAAUAGACCUCCCAGGCAGGGGCCCAAAUAGGUCCUAAGGCCUUGAGCUUCCAGCUCAUCAGGCUGUAACUACCUCUGCCGUGUCCCCACUGCUGUUGGCAUUUGAUGGGAACAAGCUACCUUUCUGCAGAUUCAGAUAUUAUUAGAAGGUCCAGGUCAAAGAUAAGUAUACCUUAAAUCAGAUUGCAUGUGGCAGUUAUGCUAGGAUCCAGGUAAAUUAUUAUUCAUAUCCUAAACUUGAAUGUCCUUUUCUGGCAAGACACUGGAGCAUCCUUGUGUGCUGUACUUAUGAGAUGAGGAGAUCCUUUGGUGAUGUUCAACUUCCCUGAUCACCUCAGACAGAAGAUGCCAGGACAUCUUGUCAUAUUCUGCCUCACAUCAUUUGAGUUGUCUAUCCUCUCAUCUCCCCUACUGGACUUGAGAGCUACCAUCAGAAUUUAUGAACUUGUGCAGUGCCCUAAUAUUGUGAGAUGGAUGUGGCAGAGCUUUUCAUUCAUUUAUUUAGAAAAUGUUUUGAGUGCAAGAUGGUGGUUGUUGAAUAAAUGAC